AUGAGCGCGAGCACCGAGCAAAUCCCGGUGGCCACCUUCAUCGAUGACAUCGAUAAGUACAUGGUAAAGGAGGGCUCGGCCGAGGCGGCGCUGGAGAAGCUGCAGGCCUUCUACUCCGCCUGCAAGGCGAUCGAGCAGCGGAUGUCCCAGCGCAAGAAGCGGCUGCAGGCGAAGGUGCCCGACAUUGAGUCGACGUACAACGCUCUGCUCCAGAUGCAGCAGCGGGCCGAGCAAGGUGAGUCCCUCACAGUGCACUACGAGCUUGCGCAGUGUGUCUACGCCAAGGCCAUCGUCCCGGUACACAGGGAGAACACGGUCUGCCUCUGGCUGGGGGCCAACGUGAUGCUCGAGUAUGGGCGAGAGGAGGCGAUCGAGCUGCUCGAGCGGAACCUGGCAGAGGCCAAGAAGACGCUGCAGGAGCUGCACGAGGACCAGGCGCUGCUGCGGGACCAGAUCACGACCACCGAGGUGAACAUGGCGCGCGUCUUCAACUGGGACGUCAAGGAACGGCGCAAAGCCAAGGCGGCAGAGGCGUCCGAGGCGCAAUGACGCGCGCUCUAGAGACGGCGAGGAGCGGGAGACGGGGGGGGGGGGGCGGCGCGCUCUCUGUGGAGAGAGCUGUGUUUACUGUAUUUUUUGACCGCAUGGCCCACGCCA